UUUCAGGCGCUUAUGAUGCGCUGAAAGGUUGUCCGCUGCUCGGCACUUCUCCUCAACCGUUUAAUGUCUAAUUUCGGCUUCGGGCGCUUACUUGGCAACUUUGUGCGGACAGGAAAAGCCUCGUCUACGGUUGAGCGUGUGAACGGUGACCGCGGCGGAGUCUGGAUGUUCGCAGACGAGCACUGAUGUAGCGGUGUUGUGACGGUCGUCGCGUUCCUCUCUACCUCCGGUGCCCCAGUGCCUCACUGCAUGACCUCAGACAACACAUGUACCUACAAGGGUGAAAAUCCACCCCUUCCUCAACUCCUGACAGUCACACUCGGUUUCCACGGACCCAGAAACCUUCUCCUCUCGUCUUUCAACUCAUCUCCAGAAAAAGGUGCUGCGGAGAGUGUUCUUGUUCCACACACAGGAGUUAAACACCUCCACUUGGGCCAGUGGAGGUGUUGAGGAGCUGCUGCCUCGGGUUUACCCUCUCGUAUCUGUAAAGGUGUAGAUAGGUAUUUUAUUUUAUUUUUUCUCCUGGUUGGCUUGUGUCCGGUUCUGCCGGCCGUGUGACUGUUCAAAACUGGGGCGCGAUUCAUGGGAUGCAACCAUGUCGGAUCUCAGUGAGCGCAGGCCGGUCAACGCGGACUAUGCUGUCUCCCUGCUGGAGCAGCUCAAGUUCUUUUACGAACAGAAGUUACUGACUGAUGUUGUGCUGCUGGUGGAGGAAACAGAGUUCCCGUGUCACAAGAUGGUCCUGGCCACAUGUAGCUCCUAUUUCAGAGCGAUGUUCAUGAGCGGCCUCAGCGAGAGCAAACAGACCCACGUCCACCUGAGGAACGUGGACGCGGCCACGCUGCAGAUCAUCAUCACCUACGCCUACACGGGCAACUUGGCCAUCAGUGACAGCACGGUGGAGCCGCUGUACGAGACGGCCUGCUUUCUACAGGUGGAGGACGUCUUGCUGCAAUGCAGAGACUAUCUGGUGAAGAAGAUAAAUGCAGAGAACUGCGUCCGCAUGCUGAGCAUCGGCGACCUGUUCAGCUGCAGCGAGUUGAAGCAGAGCGCCAAGCGCAUGGUGGAGCACAAGUUCCCCAUGGUUUACCGACAGGAGGCCUUCCUGCAGCUCUCACACGAGCUGCUCGUCGACGUCCUGAGCAGUGACAACCUCAACGUGGAGAAGGAGGAGACGGUGCGCGAGGCGGCCAUGCUGUGGCUGGAGUACAACAUGGAGGCGCGCUCGCAGCACCUGUCCUCCGUGCUGAGCCAGAUCCGCAUCGACGCGCUGUCGGAGGUGACGCAGCGCGCCUGGUUCCAGGGUCUGCCGCCCAACGACAAGUCGGUGGUGGUGCAGGGUCUCUACAAGUCCAUGCCCAAGUUCUUCAAGCCGCGGUUAGGCAUGACCAAGGAGGAGAUGCUGAUCUUCAUGGAGGCGCUGUCUGAGACGCAGGUGGAGGGCUACGUCAUGUGCGAGUCGGUGCCCUUGGCGGUCGUGUGUUACAGCCCGCAGGCGGAGAAGGUCUACAAGCUCCGCAACCCGCCGGGCGACCUGCAGAAGGUGGGGACGCUCGUCACACCUGACAACGACGUGUUCAUCGCCGGCGGACAAAUCUCGCUCAAGAACUCCAUCACCAACCACGGGAAAAGCGGGAAGCUGCAGGCCAUGUUCCGCUCGGUCGACAGCUUCUUCUGGUUUGACGCGCAGCAGAACACGUGGGUGCCCAAGACACCUAUGCUGUGCGCGCGCAUCAAGCCUUCGCUGGUCUACUGCGACGGCUACAUCUAUGCAAUCGGUGGCGACAACGUCGGCGGCGAGCUGAACAAGCGCACGGUGGAGCGCUACGACUGCGAGAAGGACGAGUGGAGCAUGAUGAGCCCGCUGCCCUUCGCCUGGAACUGGAGCACGUCCGUGGUGGCGCACGACUGCAUCUACGUGAUGACGCAUGACCUGAUGUACUGCUACUUCCCCCGCGCCGAUACCUGGGUGGAGAUGGCCAUGCGCAAGACUAGCCGCUGCUUCGCUUCCGCCGCCGCCUUCGGCGACCUCAUCUUCUACGUCGGUGGCCUCCACGUGGUCAGCAACUCCGGCAUCCGCCUGCCGACGAGCACCAUCGACGGCUCGUCCGUCACCGUGGAGAUCUACGACGUGAACAAGAACGAGUGGCGCCUGGCCGCCAACAUCCCCGCAAAGCGCUACUCGGACCCGUGUGUGCGGGCGGUGGUGCUGCUCAACUCGCUGUGCAUCUUCAUGCGCGAGACGCACAUGAACGAGCGUGCCAAGUACGCCAUCUAUCAGUACGACGUGGAGCUGGACCGCUGGUACCUGCGGCAGCCCGUGUCCGAGCGUGUGCUCUGGGACCUGGGGAAAGACUUCCGCUGCGCAGUGGGGAAGCUGUACCCGUCCUGCCUGGAGGAGUCUCCGUGGAAACCUCCCACGUACCUCUUCUCCCCCGACGGGGCGGAGGAGUUCGAGGUGGACGGCGAGCUGGUGACGCUGCCUCAUGUAUAGCUCUUAACCUCCCCUCCAUCGCCUCGCUGACUGAACGCGGGGGACGAGCGCGGUCGGAGGGGAGCCAGCGACAAGUUCCCCCGAGGAAAAGGGUUUGACGUUUUUUCUGUUGGACGAUGGCGGACUUCAUCAGACGCAGCUGCUGCUGUUGAGUGAUGGAUGCGCAAAAAAAGAUGGCCCUUAAAGGGAUAGUGCAGGUUUUUUGUUUGUUUUUUGAAGUGUGGCGUGAACCGCUCACUCUGCCACACCAAAGCCCAUAGAGAAAAUCAGUGAUUUUACCUCAUGGAGACACAGGAGCUGCUGGUCCACUGCUGCCUCAUGUGGUCACUUUGUGUAGAAGUGAUAUGACACUGUUUAAAAUCAUUUAUUCGGAUUAAACGAGUGAGUCAACAGCAGUGAGUCAACAGCUCCUGUGUUCUGUGACGUCCAAGUCGUCGCUUUUCUCUAUGGAGUUUGGUGGAGGUGAAACUUUCUGUUGGGGGGAAAAGUAAAGAUAUAAAAUAAUAAUAUUGGAACCAUGGAAAAAUAAAUAUUGGAAUCAUGUACAUAAGCGGACGAACACACACGACACUUCAACAAAAACCUGUAUUAUGCCUUUAAAAAGAUACUAGUAAUCUGAAAAUGUAUGUUUAUUUCUUUUGUUUUUUUCUUCUGUCAUUUGUGACAUCUGUUAGAUAUUAUUACAUCAUACUGUUUCUACAAUGUGAUAAUCUAAAUGUCGAUUUUUGAUGAUGAUGCACUUAACUGCUAAACCUUCUCUGAAUGACAAUGGCAACUGUACCAAAUGUAGGCUCCCCUCUCUCCUCUUCUUCUCACCACUGAUAAAGGGAUAAAAUCCUCACUUUUACCUUUAGAGCAUUAAACACUGUGCGCCAUUAAAGUUUUGCUCUGAAAAGUUCUCAUGACUUUGUGGAGGAGAAAAUGGUUACAGCAAAACUUAAUAUUAACUUCAUUCACGUGCGGUUACCUGGACGAACGAGUAUGAGUUAGUUGAGCAACAAUCGGUGGAAGAAAAGAGGCGCAACUGAUAAAUUUCCAUCUUUUGGAGUGACGCGGACGAUUAUCGUCAUUUUCUAGAUUCGUCCAUUUGUUGUUUGGUCCAAAAAAAAUAGUCUUUUAAUGAUUUUGUUCUAUGAAGUAAAAGAAAACAAGAAAACACUCAUAUUUAAUUAGCUGAAAAAACAUGUUUCAGACCAAUCAAAUCAAUCAGGAAAUGUUGUUUUCCUGGUUUGUUAAUGUCAUAAAUAAACUCAUUGGGUUCUAUAUAUAAAUUCAGAAAUAUUUCGUUACUUAAAAGUGAUGUUUUACGUUUCUCUUCAGGAAAACGUCAAAAGUAUCUUGUUAUUAUUGAUUAACGCGGACAAAAAACCUAAAAUGAUUCAAACGUAUGAUUUAGAUCAACAGUAUUUCCAGAUUUUCACGUCGCUUGUUCUGUCGGAUUACGUGAUUCUUCAAUAAUAGUCAAUGAUCUGUUCUGAUAACUUCUUGCUCUGCAGAUGAUCUGUAUGACUUUAAUCCCAUAAAUUUACCACUUAAAUCUCAUAAUUUUAUGACUUUAUUAUUGUCAAUUUACGACUUUAUUCUCAAAGUCUGAAAAAAGUAAUUUCUCGCAAAUGUGCGACUUUAAUCUCAUAAUUUACGACUUUGGUCUCGAAGUCUGUUCAUUUUUUCUUUUACUCAGUGUUGUAAUUCUCCGCCGUAGAUCUGCGUGUCUUGAUAAAUCGUUAUUUUCGCUGCCUUUUUUACAUCAUUUCUUUCCCGUCUUUCAUUUGAAAAAGAUCCAAUGGUGGCGACAUCUAGUGGUCAGAGUGCAGACUGCAGUAAACAGUACAGGCCAUAGAAGAAGAACGCCCUCUGGGAUCUGUAAAGGCCACCGUAGUUUCUUGAUUAAGAUAGGUUUGUCCAUUUGUGGUUGCACAAAAUGGCCACUGCCUUACAGCAAGAGCCCCUCCCCCCCACCCCACCCAAGGCAUAUUGAAGAUUAUGAAAAAAAACAUUAUUUUAAAGCACUUACAGACUCAUACAAACAUACUUAUGAGCCGUUUACGAAAUUUUCUACAAUAAACCCUCACGUGAGACCUUUAAGCGCUAGAUUAACGAACGUUAUUUGACUUUUAAAUCUGGUAAAUGUUUGUGUUUCUCCACCAAAAAGCUUUUCAGAGCCGUCUUUAAAUCCACGGAGACAAAAAUCAAUUCCUUUUUUUUUUUUCUUUUUUAUUUCGUGGUGCGAGCGGAGGAGCAGCGUCCACGAAAGGGCGGCUGCAGGUCCGGUCGUCACCUCUCCUCCCUCGCAGCUCCACCCUCCUCCUUUGCCCCGAUCCCGCCUCCUCAGCCUGUCCGUCACACAGGUCUUCCACACAGCCAGCAUUUACACCACCUCACUGUCAUGUGAUCGUCAUGUGAUCAUCACUCACACACACACACUCACACUCGGUUCAAACGUUGGUUUCAGGCUCAUGUAUUUUUGAUUUUUAUUAUUAUUGUUAUUAUUAUUCCCAAGCUGCUGAAUUAUAUAUAUAAUAAAAUAUAUAUUUUUCAUAUGUUAUAAAAACUGUUCUAGUGUGGGGGAAAAUAACCAGGUCUAUUUUGUAUUAGUGUCAUUUUUUUUAUUAUUAUUUAAUAUCAGACAUUACUGUAGUGUGAUUGUGGGUAGAAUUUUCCAUUUUUUCCUUUUUCUUUUCUUUUUUUCUUUGAGUGAAUACUGAGGAUUCUUGCUGCUGAUUGGUUGUGAGAGGAGAGGGCUGGCCCAGGGGCUGUUGCUACGGGAAUCGUCCCGGCAACCACUAGCAGUAGUAGUCGUUGUAGUAGUGGAGUGGGAGGGGGAAGAGGCUCCUCCCCCCCUCGCUCUGACCUUACAAACAUGAGCACAGGUGCUUCAUGACAGAAACUUAACGAGCAUGUCUGGCUGCAUCAUAUUCCUUUGGCACUGUAUUUUGAAUGAACGUUAAUUUAUUAAAAAAACAACGUACCAAAAACC